AUGGAAACCCCAACCGUGCCGAUCAACUUUGUCCCCGCGAAGUCGGGCGAGACGUUCAAGCUGGGCACCAUCACCAUCCGGAUCAUGGAGGACGGGUCAAGGACAGGAAUCAGACAACCGCAUAGGGAGCACGACGAAACGUUCCUAGUAACCCAAGGCACCCUCCGCUUCCACGCCCUGAACGGCACGACCGUCGACGCCCACCAAGGCGACUACGUGACCGUCCCGCCCCGGGCACCGCACACGUUCAGUAAUCCCUACGACGCCGAGGCGAAAUUCUUCAACACGUACACUCCGGCGUUUUAUAUCAACUACUUCCGCAUGCUGGGCAAGAUGAGCGAGGAGGGGAAGCCCAUGAACCCCGAGGCGAAUAGGAGGGCUAUGGCGUAUUUCGCCACGAUCGGCGUCGCGGACGACGAGAUGCAGAUGGAUAGACAGCAGUUUUAUGGUGGGACAGACACCACAGAUGCGGCGGCGCGGCAAGGGGAGGCCGGGGCCAAGAAAUGA